AUGCCUACGUUGCUGUCUGCAGGACAAUCGAAAGCACCAGCAGCACAAGAAGAAGCAGCAGCAGCAGCAGCAAGAAGAGCAGCAGGUGAAGGGUCCUCAACGAGUUCUAGGUGGAGGCCAGCAGCAGCACAAGCAGCAGCAGCAGAAGCAGCAGCAGCAAGGAGAGCAGCAGGCGAAGGAACUUCAACAAGUUCAAAGUGGAGGCCAGCAGUAGCAGGAGCAGCAACAGCAGCAGCAGCAAAAGCACCAGCAGCAGAAGCACCAGCAGAUAAACCCAAGAAGGAAGAACGCGUAGGCGUCGGCAGCAGCAGCAGCAGCAUCAGUUCAUCUCCUACCGAAGCUCAGGCAGCAGCAACGGUUAUAUCAGCACAAGGAGCAGCAAUUGAAGCAGCAGCAGCAGCAGCUGAGAAAUCGGCAGAAGAGGCAGCCACUAAAGCAGCAGAAGCACAAGCAGCAGCAACAGAAGCAGCAGCAACUGAUGCAGUAGCAGCAAUUGAAGCAGCAGCAAGUAAGGCAACAGAAGCAGCUGAUGCAGCAGCAACUGCAGCACCACCAGCACCUGAAGCACCUGUCUCUACACCCGACUGCCGCAUUCAUGUUUCUUUUGAUAGUGCAGCAGACGCAGCAGCGAGUCAAAGAGCAGAAGCAACAGCAGCUGCAAACAAGGAUAUUGAGCGAAGCCCUGCAUCCCUUACCUUCUCUCCUGCUGCUGCUCCUGCUGCUGCUGCUGCUGCGGAUGCAGCAGAGGCCACAGUUGCUGCUGCUGCUGUUGCUGCAGAAGCAGCUGCAGAAGAAGCUGCUGCUGCAGCAGCAGCUGCUGCAGUACACGUAGAUGAUUCGCUGGUUUGA